AUGCGCACAUUCACUACCAUCGCCGCUGGCGUGGCUCUGCUCUCCGGUUUCGCUGUUGCUCAUCCCCAUGAGACCAGCCCCGAGCUGCACGCCCGCAAGUUCGACUUGUCCAAGAGAUGCGCAUCGUCUGUUGCUGCGAUGAACAAGAAGCGGUGGUCGAAGCGGAAUGAUAAGCAUCUCGUUGGCCGUGACGGCAACACCACAGAGGUGACCACUGGGCCAUACAUCUGGCCCCAGUCACAGACUCUGCGGCAGGACAUGACGGAGGACCAGGCGGGAGUGCCAAUGCUCCUUGAUCUUGGCGUUAUGGACGUCAAUACAUGCGAGCCGCUGGAUGAUGUCCUCGUCGAUAUCUGGUACUGCAACGCCACGGGAUCCUACAGCUCGUUCAGCAAACAGAACCCCGACACACCGUUCGAGGAGCUCCUGGAGCAGUUGAACAAGACUAUUGGCGAUGAUCUUCACACGGACGACACAACCUUCCUGCGCGCUCAUUGGCCCACUGACAGCAAUGGUAUUGUCGAGUUCACGGGAAUUGUCCCGGGCUUCUAUGUUGAGCGAGCGUUAGUGCACACGGACUGGACGAUCCGGGCCAACGGCACCGUGGCAUCCUCAACGACAGUGUCAACGGGCCAAGUGUUUAUCAAUGAGACACUGAGCGCCCAGCUCAUGGCCCUUGAGCCAUACGCAAGCCACACGACGAUCAACCGGACGACCAACGACGUUGACGACAUCUUUGGCUCUGAGACUGCCAACGGCUGGGACCCCACCCUCCAGAUCGUGCCGCUCGACGGUGAGAAUAUUGAGAACGGUAUAAUUGGGUACGUCACGAUUGGAGUCGAUACAGAAACGCAGCAGAGGAUGAGGAUGGACGUCCAGGAUUCCAAAAUCUGA